AUGCUGGCUUCAAAGACGUCGUUCCCGACGCCGCUCGGGUCCACCUCUUCGAACAUCUCCGCUUCGUCCGCUCAAUCAUCGUCAACCCUUCAGUCGAGUAGGAGAACACCGGCCUUGGUGACCUCGAAUCAACUGUUUGCCUCUCCUACAGACUCGGAAUUUUCAGAUGUCGAGGGGCCCGAAUCGGCCAAGAAUUGGAAUGAGGACCAAGUCUGCGACUGGCUGCGAAGCAUAAAUUGUGGGGACUACGAGAAGAUUUUUAAGAAGAACAAUAUCAAUGGGGAGAACCUUCUUGAGAUGGACAAGGCCGUAUUGCAAGAAAUGGGCAUUGACAAGAUUGGAGAUCGGGUCCGUUUGUUCUUAGGUAUCAAGAAGCUGAGGACGAAAGCAUAUGCCAACCAAAAGAAGAGGAAUAGAGACUCUUUUGCUGGUCUGGGUAAUUAUGCACACACCUCUACCUCCGGUAGCUCUCCGCGACCUGUUCAGUCGGGAGGUAGAGGUUUAUCCAACCCCUCCGCCAACAAGAGAUACUCAAGGCAGUUCGAAAGCUAUCCUCCCGGAUCCGCGGCCUCAGAGAACGCCAACAAGCAUUCUUCGAGGCCCAGCUCCCCACUCCCAGGAUCAGAAGUUCGAGCAGUGAGGCAACCAAGAUAUGGAGUAAUGAGUCCGGCAGAAGUGGCUCGACGAGAGCAAGCUCAGGGUUAUUUCAAUGGGUCAAGCAACCCCCCGAGUGCCGCGACAGUAACGGGUAGGCAGCCUGGCACUCCGGAUACAGCACGCGUGAUCAACAGCCACCAACGGGGUGCUUCGAGCAUUGAUGGUUCACUUAUGGCCCAACUACCACACAAUAAGGACAUGAUCAGGGUCAUCUCAUCCGGGGGAUUGACCAAGGUCGUGAGGAUAGCAGAGUGCACUUCAAGUGACGAGGUUAUGAGGUUAACGUUGAGGAAGUUCGGAUACCGUGAAGACCGGGAUCGAGAUUACUGCUUUUAUGUCUUGGCCGGCCUCGAUCCAGACCCGGAGAGUUGUAGGAAGUUACCCGAAUCCGAGUUGUGGCGCAUCAUACAAGACCCGAAGAGACCGGAGAGAAAUCGGCUGAUCCUCCGGAAGAUCGACAGGGGUGAGCCAGGUGAGGCCGAGUUACAACGUGCUGCUGCUAUUGCCAUGGAGGAGGCUGCCGCCAGUCACAAUCGCGCACUUGAAAGUGCUGAUAAUAAGAGAAGUUUGCUCAAAGUUCAGAGGGUUCUUGGCGAGAGUUGGGAGGAUGGCUUGCAGCACCCAUUAUCACCCGCCUCAUUCCAGUCUGGUGGAUCUACUGUAUCGGCCACCGAGCGAGAACGCAAUGUGCAUAAUGCCGCUAAAGAUCUCGAGAGAGGAUCUUCUGCAGAUCAAUCAAAGGAUACCAGGCGAAAGCCUGCAAAGAAGGGUGUUCUGCGUCAAUUCUUCGGACAAAGACCUCCCAGUGAGCUGAUCACUUCGGAUUUGACGACAUACUUCCCGGACCACCCCCGUGAGGAGAUCGACCGCACUGCAAGACUCUCGUUACGAAGGUCAACACGCCUUAGCAAAGUCAACAGCCGACUAAGCGUCGCAAGCAAUUUCAGUUAUGCUUCGAGCCUGGCAGACGCUCCUCCCAUGCCAUCAAUUGCGGAUACCUGGCUUAAUGGAUCUAACCAGCUGUCGAAAGUCAGACCUUUGGAAGUGGCAAGGGGUAGUGGCAAUCGUUACCGAGAUUCUGUAGCCUCCUCAUUGCUAGAACGUGUUCAGGAGGAGUCGCCAAUAGAACCGGACCGGAAAUCCUACGUUUCCUUUGAUAGUGGGUUUGAAAGAACCAACAUCAACGUCUCAGAUCCUGAUGGUAACGCCGUCCAUAGUUACUUCGAGGAUGGUAGCACAGAAGCUAGCGGAUCACUGAGGGACAUCAGUCAAGCACUGAAUGAGGACGGAGAAGAUGCUGAUGAAGAGCUACAGAGUUUCUUAGCCGGUGAUUCUUGGGAUGAUAGCAAGUGGAUGAAGGGUGCCCUCAUUGGUCAGGGUUCGUUCGGCAGCGUUUACUUGGCUCUGCAUGCUGUGACUGGAGAGCUUCUUGCUGUGAAGCAAGUUGAAACCCCAUCGCCCGGCUCUAAUGGCCAAAAUGACACAAGGAAGAAGAGCAUGAUUGAGGCCCUGAAGCGUGAGAUCGGUCUUCUCCGGGACCUCCAGCACCCAAAUAUCGUGCAAUACCUUGGGUGCAGUUCGACAUCAGAACACCUCAACAUUUUCCUCGAAUAUGUUCCAGGAGGUUCCGUCCAAACUAUGCUCAAUUCUUACGGUGCUCUUCGAGAACCUCUCAUUCGAACCUUUGUACGCCAAAUCGUCACCGGUCUUGCAUACCUUCAUGCCCGUGAGAUCAUUCAUCGAGAUAUCAAAGGAGCCAACAUCCUAGUCGACAACAAGGGCGGUAUCAAAAUUUCUGACUUCGGUAUUUCCAAGAAGAUGGAGGCCUCCAAUAUCCUCAGUGGGGCGAAAAACAACAGGAAUCGACCUUCACUCCAGGGCUCGGUUUUCUGGAUGGCACCUGAGGUUGUCAAGCAGACUUCAUACACCCGCAAGGCCGACAUCUGGUCACUUGGCUGUCUGGUCGUUGAGAUGAUGACGGGCGAUCACCCUUUCCCGGAUUGUUCCCAACUUCAAGCCAUCUUCAAGCUUGGCGGUGCUAAGAGUAGUCCUACGAUCCCAGAGCAAGCCACGCCUGAAGCAAAGACCUUCUUGUCGCAGACUUUCGAGGUCGAACAGUCCAAACGACCAAGCGCUGAAGAACUUCUCUACAGCCCCUUCUUGAAUUCCAUCACAUAG